CGCGUCGUGCGCUGCCUGCUGGAGCGCGGCGCCUCGGUCAACAACACCACGCUCACCAACUCCACACCACUGCGCGCCGCCUGCUUCGACGGCCACCUCGACAUCGUCAAGUACCUGGUGGAGCACCAGGCCGACCUGGAGGUGUCCAACCGCCACGGCCACACCUGCCUCAUGAUCUCCUGCUAUAAGGGCCACAAGGAGAUCGCCCAGUACCUGCUAGAAAAGGGUGCCGACGUCAACCGCAAGAGCGUCAAAGGAAACACUGCAUUACAUGAUUGUGCGGAAUCUGGAAGCUUAGAGAUCAUGAAGAUGCUUCUUAAAUACUGUGCAAAAAUGGAAAAAGAUGGAUAUGGUAUGACUCCUCUCUUGUCAGCCAGUGUUACAGGUCACACAAAUAUUGUGGACUUUCUGACCCAGCAUGUGCAGACCAGCAAGGCUGAACGCAUCAAUGCUUUGGAACUUCUAGGAGCAACCUUUGUGGACAAAAAGAGAGAUCUGCUUGGUGCUCUGAAAUACUGGAAAAGAGCUAUGGAGAUGAGAUACAGUGACAGGACUAACAUCCUCAGCAAACCUGUGCCACAGACGCUGAUAAUGGCUUACGAUUAUGCCAAGGAGGUGAACAGCUCGGAGGAGCUAGAAAAUCUUAUUGCAGACCCUGAUGAGAUGAGAAUGCAAGCGCUGUUAAUUAGAGAACGUAUUCUUGGUCCUUCUCACCCAGAUACAUCUUACUACAUUAGGUACCGGGGUGCUGUCUACGCAGACUCUGGUAACUUUAAACGAUGCAUCAACCUAUGGAAGUAUGCUUUGGACAUGCAGCAGAGCAAUUUAGACCCACUGAGCCCUAUGACUGCCAGCAGUCUGUUAUCCUUUGCUGAACUCUUCUCCUUCAUGUUGCAAGACAGAGCAAAAGGUCUGCUGGGCACCACUGUGACAUUCGACGAUCUUAUGGGUAUACUGUGUAAAAGUGUCCUCGAAAUUGAGCGGGCCAUGAAACAAACUCAGAGUCCACCUGACCCCAUACAAUUGAACAAAGCCCUUUCCAUCAUCCUGCAUUUAAUUUGCUUGCUGGAAAAAGUUCCUUGCAGUUCAGAACAGGAGCAUUUUAAAAAGCAGACUAUUUAUAAGUUCCUUAAGCUGCAGCCUAGAGGAAAGAAUAACUUCAGCCCACUUCAUCUUGCUGUUGACAAGAAUACUACAUGUGUAGGUCGCUACCCAGUUUGUAAAUUCCCCUCUCUGCAAGUUACUGCUAUUCUGGUGGAAUGUGGUGCUGAUGUAAAUGUCAGAGACUCUGAUAACAACAGCCCCCUACACGUUGCUGCAUUGAACAACCAUCCAGAUAUUAUGAAUCUUCUAAUCAAGUCAGGUUCACACUUUGAUGCCACAAACUUGCAUAAACAGACCGCUAGCGAUUUGCUGGAUGAGAAGGAAAUGGCAAAAAAUUUGAUCCAGCCUAUAAAUCAUACUACAUUACAGUGUCUUUCUGCUCGUGUCAUCGUAACUCAUAACAUAUGCUAUAAAGGGCACAUCCCCGAGAAACUAGAAAACUUUGUUUUGCUCCAUAGAUGAUAAUGUGACAGUCCCACGGUACUGUUGUUGAAGCACGAGUUGGUGACAUUUAAUUGUUGCUUUCUCAAGUACUGUUGUGAUACACCAGCGUUUAUUUAGCUUGACCCAUCAUGCUGUCAUUGGCUAAAGCAUUGUUAGCAUCAGAUCUGCAGAAUUGGUUACCCAGUAUUUAAUAUGAAUAUGCCAUAUAAUAUAUUUUGUGGAUUAUUUAGAAAUGUAAUGCCAUAUUUAGACUCUUUAAAUUGUCUGCCAAAGGCUUGUCUACUCUGGUUUUAUUUGCCUGUUGGGUGUUUGGGACUGAGUUAAUAAUUUUCACUGGUGUCUUUUUACUAUUACUGGUAUGUGGAUUUUAUACAGUUGGAAGGUCAUCUUUUUUUGUUUUUGCUUGAGCAUUUCUGCUCUAAUUCUGUUCUUUUUUUUAUGGACUCAUUGCUAAAUUGUACAAGUUGUAUGGACUUGUUAACAUUUGCAAUUACCAUAAGUGCUUUAUCUUCUCUAUGCACUGGCUUAAACAUGACUGUUGUGUGUUAGCAUAUUUCUAUGCAGCAGUUGACCAACUUCAACUCAAACUCCAUUUUUUGCAGUUUGUUGGAGCUCUUUUUUGAGAAUACUGCCUUCACAGCAUGACAACUUUUGGAGCUAUGUGUCAGCUCUCCAAGCUGUUUUUGGUUUGACUUUUUUACUCUAGCUGUAUCUGAGAUUUGCUUUCUCUUAAUCCUCUGGAAAUGAGUGCUAAAUUUGGGAGAAAAAUCUUUGUUCUCUUGGUAAUCCACUUGAAAUUUAAGUCUAAAAGUCAUUCUAAUGCAUCAUGCAGUAAGGGGAAGAGUCUUCAUCAUGUACAACUGACACCUUUCCCUUGCACUAAUGUCUUGCUUGUGCUGAUUGUGUGACUAGAUGUGAAGAGUUUGCUCAAAUUUUAACCUCAAAUGUAAUACACUUUAAAGAGAAAUAGAUCAAAUGUAUGCUGUAGUCUGAAAUUACAAAUCAGCUUCUUUAGCUACAAAGAAACUAAAGCAUGUCAGUGGUAUGAAGCUUGUCAAUCCAGAUCUAGACAUCAUUUAGUAUAAUUAUAUUAUAGUAAGUGGCUCUCUGCCAAGGUAUCAAAAGUUACAUAGCAGUGUCCCUUUCUCUUCAUUUUAAAUACACCUUUAUAGAUAAUUUGCAUGCAUCUUACAUCUCUAGUAUUGGUCAGCAGUAAUAAAGGAAACACCAGAAGUUGUGUUUGUAUACAUAGCUCCUAAUGAAAGUUACCUAUUUUUAUAAUAUUUGCACAACAGCUUAGCUAUUGCAGCAGAAAGGGCUCUUUUGACUUGUUAAGACAUCCAUAAGUGAAGAUUUUAAGUGAGAAUGAGAUUCAGGUAGUCAAUAAAAUACAGCACUUUACUGUUGAUUCAGAGUAAAAUUUAUUGUGGCAUAUAAGCCCUGAAAAUGUCUUUAAAAUAAAAGUAUUCUCACAGAAAACAAUCUUUGAUUGAAUAGAAUGCAGUUUACCUGCCAGUUCAGUGGUCUUGCAUUGUGGGUGGUUUCAUUUUGUUUCAGCGAUGGGCAGUAAACAGAGUGUACCCAAUGGGUUUUUUCUAUCUCGAAAAAAAUCAGUGGGUUGAUCUGGACCCUUUUUGGAUUAGGGACCCGCAUCAGAUGAUAGAGCAAUUUUAAAAGCCAAAUUAAUGAGACUUGGGUGACUUAAUUGUUUUAGUCUUUUAAUUUGAUUUUAGAAUACUUUUGUCCUUGAUAUUUGUGAUUUGAUUUGGUGAUGAGCACAUCCUUGACAGAGUAUAAAAAUAGUGCUUGCUGCCUGGCUGUUUCAAUGUCUCCUUUCCCUUAGCACAUGACAUCAAGUGAAGCCAAGUGGUUGGAUAGCCUUGACGCAUGUGUUGGGAUACUUCUUUACAGCCAGCAGACAUGUUGGAAGCAAUAUUGUUUGAGAACUGCAUUUUAUAUAAAACUUUGUACUUACAAAGUAUAUUGAAACAGCUUUCCACUCUUUGUCCCUUGAUGCACAUAUGUUGUUUGUGUGAAAAACCAAAUUAUGAGGAAUUCCUGUUCAGAAUUUCUCUUGCAAAGUUAUUAGUAAAUUUGCACUAGUGAAUUUUUAUACAAUUGGCUGAAUUUCUUUGACUUGUAAUGAUUAAAAUAUGUGCCACCCCAGUUGUUGAUUGCAAGAACAA